AUGAAGAUCACUCUGGUACUCCUGCUCCUCUCCAUCUGCCUCGGCUGUAUGAUGAUCCACCGGUCGGAGGCCGCCUCCAGCACCUCCAGCACCGCCACCACCUCCGCCUCGGCCACCACUACCACCUCUGCCGCGGCCACCACCACCACUUCCGCCUCCGCCACCACCACCACUUCCGCUUCCGCCACCACCACCACCACCACUUCCGCCACUACGGCGGCGUCUGCGUCAAGAACGGCAAGGGUAAUCAGAAGAAGGGGGACUACCGAGAGAUCCGGAACAAAGAUUAGGAUUUCUAGGAAUAAGGGAGGUUGCGGAUGCAAGAAGAGCAAGUGCGGCAAAUGUAGCAAGUGUGGCAAGAGUGGCAAGAGCGGCAAGAGCGGCAAGUGUGGCAAGAGUGGCAAGUGCGGCAAGGGUGGAAAGAGUGGCAAGAGUGGCAAGAAGAGCAGCCUUAAAAAGAGCUGGCUCAAGCUGUAG